UGUAACAUUAGUUAUUAAGGCUAUCCCGACCAUGUGGGAUAGUAGCGUAGCAAAAGGUUGACACCCCAUUUGGUUGUUGUUGACUGCGCAGGAGUACAAAUGGGGCGUUUUUUCUUUAUAUGAGAAACACCCUAAUGUACAGCGGAGUUGUGACAAAUAUACCAGUUGAAUGUAUGGGAUAUCUUGAAUUUCCAUUUAAAAGUCCUUUAUCAUUCCUUGCGCACGAAGAAGUGCUGGCAUUUUAUCAAUCAUAUGCCAACCAUUACAACUUAGAGAGAGUCGUCAAGUUUCAGAAUCAUGUGGUUAAUGUGAAACCAGUGCAAAGUAAUCGAUGGGAGGUCUUAAGUAGAGAUCUUCGAACCAAAACUUAUGAAGCGAACAUUUUUGAUGCAAUUUUUAUUUGCAAUGGUCAUUACAGUGCACCAAACAUUCCGCAUUUUGAUGGAUUAGACAAAUUUAAAGGUCAUAUAUGUCACAGUCAUGAAUAUCGACGACCCGACCGAUAUAAAGAUGAAACGGUAUUGAUUAUUGGCUGUGGACCAUCUGGAAAAGAUAUUUUGUAUGAAGUAGCAUCCAAAGCAAAAAAAGUGAUUUUCAGUCAUAAUCGUGAUACAAGCCGUCAUAUCUUACCUUUAAAUGUCAUACAAGUCGGUGAUGUUGAACGUUUCACAGAGAAAACCGUUCAAUUUGUUGGCGAAGUUGAACAGCAGAUAUCUUGUGUGCUUUUUUGUACAGGAUACACGUUUUCAUUUCCAUUUCUGUCGGUGGAUUGCGGGCUUAGCGUCGAAAAUAAAUUUGAAGUUACACCAUUGUAUAAACAUUUAAUCAACAUAAAUUGCACAACCAUGGCAAUUGUCGGUUUACAAAUUUGCGCAUAUUCAUAUAUGUAUGAUUUACAGGCGCGCUUGUGCUUAAAAUUCUGGAAUAAUGAGAUUAUAAUUCCAACAAAGGCAGAAAUGCUUGAAGAUUUUGAGGCUGAAAGAAAACGAAGAAAAGAAACUGGAAACAAUCGUCAAACGCAUUUGUUGGGCGUUGAUCAAAAUAGUUACUUGCGUGAUAUCUCCAAGAUCGGGCAAAUGAUUCAAAUGCCAGAAGUUCUAUUGAAGAUCUAUGAUGAUUGUAACGAAUUACGAGUUCAAUUUCCAAAUAAUUAUAGAGAUUUCAACUACACGAUUAUAGAUGAUCAAACGUUUGAACGUACGUCAAAUUAGAAUGUUAUGCAAGGAAAAAUGAAUAAAUAUCCGUAAAAGAAAUCAA